UAGCAGGUACAUGGGCGCAAACUCCCAUCGCUAAAUCAGAAAAGAAUCAACAUUUUGUUUUUGUGUAAAAUUGCAUUUAGCAAUUAAUUGUUGCUAUAAUUAGCAAAUGGCGAACAACCUGGAGUCACGUGUGGUGGAUCUGGACGUGGCCUGCCUGAUCUGCCUGAAUGAGGAGUCCGGCCAUAUCUCCAUUUACAGCCAUGACUUGGAGCCGCCGCACACCCUGAUUGCGGACAUGAUCCGCUGUUGCACCAGCCUGCAACUGGAGAGUUUGCAAAUGCAGCGCUGGCCGGACAAGAUCUGCGAGCAGUGCCACAGUGAACUAGCAGUCGCCUACCGCUUCUAUGAGAAGUGCCUGCUGAUCGAAAAGCUAUUCCUCACUGCGACCAACAGCGCUCUUCUCGUCGACGUCGACGAAUUGGCCAAGAACCAGCAGCUGAAACUGGAUUUGGAACAGCAUCACGUCAAGCUGCCAUCCAGCUUAAAAAUCAAACGCGUCGAAGUGGAUGCAGACAUUCCUCUUGCAAGUCGGACGGUGGUGUGUUCAGUGUCAGCAGCGCCCAGGGCAAUCACAGUACAAACCACUGGGUCUGGCUCAAUAUUACCUACAUCUGCAGCGACCACAACAGCAGCUCCGAUUCUUCCCGUCACCAAAUUUGAGUACUUUCAGGAGGACGGGGAGGACACAGACUCACUGGGCCUGUUGCCAGAUACCGCCGAUUCACUGGUCAUGUCGCUGGACACCCUCAUAGAGACGGUGCCCAUUAAGGAGCAGCCAGAAGACGAAAUGUCGUCGGAUGAGGAGGAUAAAAAGAGGACCGUCCCACAAACCUGGGACGAGAAUCCCCCGAGCCCAGAGCAUGCCUAUGAAAUCGAAACGAUACUAACUAAGAAAACUCAGGGGGGGCCACAGACUGAGCUGCCCCAACCGCCGCGGACUUCAUCACGGGCCCUCAACACGAUUCAACGAUGCAAUAUAAGCAAACGCACUUACAAACGCGUCACACCGAUCUUUAAGAGGGAGGUUGACGACGGCUACGUGCUGUUCGAUAGCCAACAGAUAGGCAUUCCUGAGACACGUCGCCACGCGGAGCGUGCGCGCAAAAUUUGUCAUGUGUGCGGGAACACCUACAAGUAUCAGCAUGCCCUCAACGCACACAUGCGGCGGCAUAACAACGAUCGUCCCUAUCCGUGUGAAGUCUGCCAGAAGGCCUUCAUAUCGAACGUGGAGCUGCGCCGGCAUAUGCGUGUCCACACCGGGCAGAAGCCCUAUGGGUGUCGCUAUUGUGACCGCCGCUUCUCGGACUUUGGCAGCAGCAAAAAGCAUGAACGCAUCCACACCGGUGAGCGUCCGUAUGUGUGCGAGGUGUGCCACAAGGGCUUUGCCUACGCCCACGUGCUGACCGUGCACCGGCGUACACACACCGGAAAGAAGCAGUUCCAGUGCACGCAGUGCGACAAGGGAUUCACCAAGAAGAACUACUUGGCCGCCCACCUGGAUCAGCACAACGGCGUCACUACGUCCGCGCCAGCGGCCAAGCGUCCGGCCGCACGCAAGCUCCAAAAGAGGCAUGUCCCGGAGGCACUGUUCAUCGGUCAGUUAAUGCUUGGUACCGAGCCGCCCAAGGUGCUGGAGGAAUGCAUUGUCACCCACGAUUUCAUGUUCAACGAAGAGGACGAGGCCGAUGCCGACGAUCAUGAUCUGGAGGCGGCCGGGGAGAAACGGGAAAUGGAGCUGGACGAUCCAGAGCCGGAGCACGAUGACUUCGACGAUGUUGAUGUCUAUCACCACAGUGUGCGCUCCGUCAAGGAUGACCCUUAUGCGCUUGUCGGGGAUCUGCUGGACUCCGAGGAGUUCGCAGACGAUUCCAAAUAUCUGAUUGACUAGUAUUAGUAUACGGCCUCGAUCCCGCCCCGCCCACUCUCACCCUAGUCGUUUUGUGGAAGUGAAUGCGAAUUCGAAUUAUGGAGAUUGCUCUAUAGCAGCUGUAUAAACACUUGACCUGACUAUGUGCUACAAGAAGAAAUACAUGUGCCACGGCAUCCAAUUUUGGGGGCCGCGUCAGCAUCGAAGAAGAACAACUGUGCAAACCUAGAAGAGUGCCGUUGGCACCCCAUUAAGAUUGUGCGGUGGUAACUAUUGUAGUUUUAUUACAUUCUCACAUUCACAUUGUAACAUUCAGCGUAGAUUUUCUAUAACUAUAAGAGAAGAGAACCUGUACGGAGUACGGGCACGGGCCUCCGUGCCUGAGAUGGGUUAAUUGUUCUAGCAUAGUAGUAUAGUUGCUGUUCUCAUCGCAACCGCUCUCCACUGUAGUACCGCGCUGAGAUGGCACAAAACUGAUCUUUUCGGCCACGUUCUUGAACCGGUUUCUAUGUCUGUGGUGUGUUUGUGUUUUAUGCUGCGGCUCUUUUGUGUCGCCUGUAACGGCGGGGUCAACGCCACAAUUUAUGGAACGAUACAUUAAAUUAUUUGUUAGGCUAA